GCUGCUUCCAAUCGUUAAUGCCACCCAUCACCUAAAUGCUUGCGCCGGAAACUUUCUCCAUAAUUCGUUCUUGUGUGCACUGGUGAAGCUUGAUGCAUUAGAAAACCACCCCAUACUCAUGUAAUCAUUCUUCUGCACUGCACUGCACUGCAGUAUUAUUUUUUAUUUGUCUCGGCAUUGAUUUUCAACUAGAAACGGCAUCAACCUGUGCUAGCCCGGCGGGAAAUACCCAGUAUUUACCUAGUGGCACAUCAGCCAGCCGCGUCGGAUAGUCCACAAAUCAUCACCACCAUCGCAUCGCGUCGGGUCCUGCAACCCCAUCAUUUUCGCAGACAAUAUUGCUGAAUUAACACCAUUCGUUUCGCCAUUGAUUUCUUGGGGCGCUAGAUAAUUAUCUGUGUCUCUUUGAGCCGAUUCUGAAUGCGCCCGCGAUUAUUUCCCCGUUGCAGUAAUGGAGAACAAGAGGAAGGCGAGCGGCGCAAAUGGCCUUGACUCGAAUGAUCCGAAUGAUAGAGCCGCAAAACGUCGCAGACUGCAAGAGGAAUUCGGAGAUCUUUCGCAUGGCGAGUCUGCCGAAUCAACGACCGCAUAUGGAUUGAACAUUUUAGAGUCAAUCAGAGCUACCACCGACAAAAAUGGCCGUUCGGUAUCGCCAUUUUUCGAGAAGCUCCCAUCUCGGAGCGAAGACCCGGAAUACUAUAAGAAAAUACGACUCCCCCUUUCCCUAGAAUCGAUCGAGCGAAAGCUAAAGAACAAUGAGUACGACACACUCUCAAUUCUCGAGAGUGAUUUCAAACGACUCGUUUCGAAUGCGAAGGAAACCAACGAUCGCUCAUCCCAGGCUUUUGGUGAUGCGGAGCGAGUACGUAAAGCCGUUAGCAACUUGAUGGUUAAAUAUAAUCCUGCGUAUAAGAGCGGCAACUAUCAGGCUGUUGCUACUCCGUUGCCUCCGACACCCGAACCAGACGAGAAUGAAGCAGAUGAAGAAGCUGAUGACGAAGAAGAGGGUAAGAAAGAAGUUGAUAUGCAAGAUGCAGAGGAUACACCAGAAGUUGAUGAGGAAGAAGCUGAUGAUCAAGAAGAGCAGGAAGAAGGCGGCGGUGAAGAAGACGAGAACGAUGGCCAGGAAGAAGAAGAGCAAGAAGAAGAGGAAGAGGAAGAGCAGGAGGAGGAUGCUGAGGAGGCUGAAGACGACGACGAUGAGGCUGAAGGGGAUGAUGAUGAUGGUGAGCCGGGCCCUGCCGUUCGAAGACGACGGCCUGGACGACCACCGAAGAACCCUGUUGCGCAUGCUAAGAAAGUGGCCUCUCGAGGUCCAACCCCUGGCAAGGCCAUUUCGCAGUACGAAAAUGUGCCUUAUAAGGGCUUGUCUUUCCAGCAAGCACAGGAGAAAAUUGUCGAGGAAGUGCUCCGAAAGAAAGAUGAGACUGGUGAAUACCCCUAUUUUGAACCAUUCAUUCAUCUACCGCCUCGAACAUUGAAGGAUUAUUUCGAGGUCAUUGCCGAACCUCUAGCUCUUAAGGGACUGCAGAAGCAAGUCAGAGGUCAACACGGUAGAGGUGCAGCAACAUAUGUUAGCGAUUUCAAGGCCUGGGCUGCCUUUGAGGAUCAGGCCAGUUUAAUUUGGAAGAAUGCGUAUCACUACAAUGAGGAUGGCAGUGAGAUCUUCCUAAUGGCCCAGGAACUUGAGCAAUUCUUUCUCGAGCAACUAAAAGAAGCUAAGCUUCAUGUCCCGGAACCGCCUCAACCAAAGAUCAAGCUGAAGAUGCCGCCCAACUCGGAAACUCCCGUACAUCCUAAGAAGAUUACUAUCCAUGUUGGCGGCAAGACGAGCGCUACAGGCUCUCCGGCACCUGUAACAGGCCAAUCUGGAGAGGGAGAGCCCGCUACUAAUGGUACACCCGCGCCCAAGAAUCCGUUCAGUGGUUCAGCAACGUCAGUCAAUCUAAGUCAACUCGAGAAGGCUCGAAGUCUGUCAGCUUCUGCUGGUCCUCCUAGUCCGUCGGUAGCAGGGCUUACAAAAUCCGACGAUGCCGCUCGACCGUCACCUGCGUUGAUAAAUCACCAACAAUUUGUACCUCCUGUGAUGCCACCCUCAAACGGUGUACCUAACGGUGCAAUUCCACCGCCGUUACCCCCUCCUAAACUUUCACCUGCGGAGAUGCUCGAAGCCCAGAAAUACCGUCCGCACCCAAUUAAGGAAUCGGAAGCUCUCCUCCCCAAGCUCAUCAUCACAACUCACCCUGGUCUCCAACUUGAUAAUCGAUUAUCAAUUACGAUUCCAGCUAGUGCUACCGAGACACAACAAGAACUUGUUUUCAAUGCACCCGCAAGUCAUUUCCGUUUACAGCUCAAACCCCAAGUGGCGCCGUUUCUAGAAGCCCAACAGCGUGAGUGGAAGUUGAACGUGCUUCACGAUACGCUACGCUUAUACCCGCCGCCUACCGCUCCGUUCGACAGACGAGAUGAGCUGGUGUUCGAUGUCACCUUGCAUUUUGGAAUCAAUCGGCUUGAAGUGUCUCUAGUCGCAGCCCUUCCGAAGGGAGAGAAAGCACCUAAUGGUCUAAAUAUGGAGUUGGAGAAAAUCGUGGUUCACUUCAACCUCCUGAAACACUCGUAGGUUCAGGCUACGAGCCGCACUAGAAAGUGUUUAGGGAUGAUCCGCAUAGGUAGUUGUGAUUGUCUAUGCGGACGCUGUUGACGUCUCCUUUUCUCGGGACAUUGCGUUCGAUCAACGGCUGGUGGUAAAAUUUACGAUGGAUGUGCUUUUUAGUGAGUUUCGUGGAGUUUUCGGUUUAUCUCUCUGAGUUAUGUACCUUCUAGCUAGGUAGCCGAAGGGACAUUGCCAAUCUGCUUUUUUACAAAGGUGGAAAUUGAUUUAUACAAUCAUCGUCGCAGGAAAGAGAGGGAAAAGGAGUGGUUGUCAACAUUGAUGCUGGAAAAAAAAUCUUGCAGGUGUUUGCUCAUGCUGUAGCUAUGGCCUACAUAGAAUAGGGCUGUUCAAGUCGAUUGCUUUACUUUCGAGUAGCUAGCUCCCUUGGAGGUAUAUAAGAAUAAAUCACAAUUUUUACAAUGAACACAUGGGGAAUUCAGGUACUGGGCAUAUCCGUAUAUAGUAAAGUUUUCUAGAAAAUCGGAGGUCUUUUAGUAUCUCAACAAACA